AUGCCGCGUGUCCCGGGCUGCGCUCACCUCUGGUGCUGGAUCCAGCCGCACAGCGUGACGGCCCGGCCGGCGUGGGCGGCGCGCAGCUCCCCGCACGUGCUGCUGCGGGCCGCGAAGCUGCUCAGGUCUGGGGCGAACAGAAAACAGCGCGUUAACCCCGCAGGCAGGGACAACGAGAACGCGGACCCGCAGAAGGCCGCGUCGCUGCUGCGCAAGCAGUGGAGCCUGUACAGCGUGACGCCGCUGUACAAGUUCUCGGGCGCCCGCCUGAAGGAGUACGCGCGGCUGCUGGGCGCCUUCAUCGCCGCCGAGAAGCAGAAGGGCCUGGCCGUCGAAGUGGGGGUGGAUGCGGACGUCAAGGUGACCUUCGCCAGCCUCCCCGAGCUGCGCGGGGACCCCCAGGACCAGCCCGCGAUGCUCGUGCAGCUUUCUUCAAGAUCAUCAGUUUCCCCCAAAAGUUCGGACGAGAAGCUGAUAUGGUCAGGCUGCUUCUGCUGCGUGUCUGGAGAGGACCUUUUGGAGAACGUGCCCGAGGACUUCACUUGCUUGCCGCUGUUUCUCGCCAACGGUGCCGAGAGCUACACGGCCAUGGUCGGGAGCUGGUUUCAGAAGACUUUUGACUGCCACUUCUGCCGUCUGUCCAUCAGCCCUCUCAACCUCAGCUGGAUGGCAGCCAUGUGGGCUGGAUGCAGCGUGGAAAAAAACGCCUGUGCCACAGAACUAGUUUUUUCUGUUCCUUGUCUUCCCCAGCCUCUGGAUAUAUCCUAUGCCAUCCAUCCAGAAGAUGCAAAAGCUCUAUGGGACACAGUACAGAAAACCCCAGGAGAGAUCACUCAAGAAGAGGUAGAUCUCUUCAUGGACUGCCUUUACUCUCACUUCCACAGACACUUUAAGAUCCACCUGUCGGCUACAAAGCUGGUGAAAGUUUCCACAGCCAUUGCCUCAGCACACUGUAAUGGGACUAUAAAGCUUCUACAAAGCAGAUACCUAACUGGAGUGCUGAUGCUACUGACAGAACUAGCAAUCUCACAGAUACAGUGA